UCUGCUGCAUAACACGUGACUCACAUAAUGCGGAAGAAAUUGAGCGUGUUGAAGAAAGGCUGCAGAGACUCGUUUGAAAACAUUUCUGGUUGCAGAAAAAAAGUAUUUGCUAGUUAAACGGUUGUGACAAGCUGAGCCUAGUAGUUAAGAAAACAGUAAAACCAUGUCUUAGGGAGACACAUUGUUUACUCGCCAGGCCAGCUGUCGAUGAUGUUUUGCUGGCAAUGAAUAGUUAGCUAGCGAACAUUUAAAAUCACCCUUUGCCGUACCUGCUAGCUAAUUGGAAAGUUUCCCCAAGUGAAUGGGGAAAUGGACCCUACAACAUUUUCAGGUCCCCAUCUCCCUCUAUCCUCCCUGCGUCUCCUGGUGCCACCACUACGUCUGAUGUCUGCAUCCAUGUGGCAAGUGGCUCAGCAGCGUAACGUGAUGCAGUAUGGGAAGCUGGAGGAGUUUGUGACUCUGGUGACAGAGAUGGUUCCGGAGCUCCUGACGCUCAAGCAGAGGGUCCAACUCAUCCUGGGACUGAGAGCGAGGCUGGUUCUUGAAUUGUGUCGUGAUGUGGAGUCUAGCCCAGCUGGCUACAAAAUCAUCCAGCCCCACCUGGACAGAAUCCAUUCAUGCACAACACAUAAAGGGAGCAAAGACACAGAAGUGGAGGCCUCAAAGGAUAACUUUGUGGAUCUGGUCCAAACUCUGCUAGAAGACUCAAUGAAGAGGGAACACUUUUUUCAGGAGGUGUUCCCUGUACAGUACAGCACUAGGUAUGACACAGCGCUGCAGAUACUGGUGUGGCAGUUCUUUGACAGACUGGAGGAGAUGAUGCCAGUGCCCAGCUUUACUCAGACAGCAUCCAUUCUCAACCUGACCCCUACAGAUCUGGAAGAGUGUCAGCAGUCUUUCUCUGAUCCUGAGCAUCUGAAGACACUGCUGCAGCAUCAUAGAAAUCUGGGCCACCUAAAAAAAGAUUUUUUAUUCUAUGACUCUGAUAACAUCCUGUCCACGUUGUCCUUCCUCGCUCCCUCACUGAAGUCUAAGCAUACCAAAAGAGGCAUAGAAGAAGGCACGGUGAAGAACGAGAGUGAUGUGAGGAGAAAGGGAGAGAAGGAAGAGGCUGAAGGACUGAAAGAACAGGAGUGUGGUGAGGGACAGCAAGAAGUCAGUGGGGAGGACGAAGACGCCAAUGAGGGAAGUGAUGGGGGCGCUGAAAGACUGGAAGAGGCUGGGGAAUCCUCUGGGAACUCUGGGCAGCAGAAACAGCCAUCAUUAGUGGCCAUCAAUGGACAAGCUAAAGCCAAGCCACCCCAGUCCCAGGGCUUUUCCUGCUCACAGUGCCAGUUCUCCAACAGGAGAUGGCUCACCCUUCAGGAGCACAUCAAGAAGAACCAUCCAAAGGAGGACAGUGGGAUCCUGGGCUCUGGAGAAGCUGGAGCUGAGAACAACGUCCUGCCUGUCAGUGAGACGGAAAGCUCCUCAGCCAAGAAGACCAGGAAGAACAAGUACAUCUGCUCCCAGUGUGGGAAGGGUCACAAAUGUUCAUAUGAGCUGAGACGACACGAAACCGUUCACUCUGAGGUGAAGCCCUUCCAUUGUGACCAGUGUGAGAAGAGAUACAAAACAAAGGUGGCUCUAAAACAGCACCAUCGAGUUCACACUGGAGAAAGGCCAUAUGUUUGCUCACAUUGUGGCAGAGGCUUUAGGUCUGCGGGAACUUUACAAUCACAUGUACGCACACACACCGGGGAGCGACCUUUUGUCUGUUCUAUAUGUGGGAAGGGAUUUAUUCAACAUCAAAUACUGAUAGGUCACCUCCGGUGGCAUAGAGGGGAGAAGCCGUUCUUAUGUACCGUUUGUGGAAAGAGUUUUAGUACUUCAGGUGCCUUGUUGGUACACUCCCGAACACACACGGAUGAACGCCCCAAAAGCUGUGAGCAUUGUGGGAAGAGGUUUAGAAGAUGUUACGAUCUCACAAUACAUCGGCGGAUCCACACUGGUGAGCGGCCGUUCUCCUGCACACAGUGCGACAAAUGCUUCACGUCCCACAGCGACCUUAGCAGACACAUGCGAAUUCAUACAGGAGAGAAACCUUACCAGUGUAGAAUGUGCGAUCGGAGAUUCACUGAAAGCGGCAACCUGAAAGUACACCAGCGGGUUCAUCGGGGAACAGCCACAAAUGUACGGGUUUCAGUGUGUAAUAUCAGUACGGCCCACCACAAGUCACCAAGUGUAGCAAGAAAGAAGGAAAGAAAGAAAGACAAUGUUCCACCACUCCUUGUUGGACAGGAGUUGCCGUAGCCACAGUGUGUUUUUUUUUUAAUUUUACAUUUUUUAAUUGUCACUUUUUUUUAUUUAUUUAACUAGGCAAGUCAGUUAAGAACAAAUUCUUACUUACAAUGACGGCCUACACCCUAUGGGACUCCCAAUCACGGCCGGCUGUGGUAGCACUGAGAUGCAGUGUCUUUAGACCACUGCGCCACUCGGGAGCCCAGAGGGGAGAAACCGUAUCCAUGAUCUAAGACCACACAUUAUAUUGGAACUUUAUGAUUCCCGGGCCAUUAUAAUAAUUUUUAUUUUAGAAUAAGUUGACUUAAAUCGUAAUAACUUAUUUCUCAUAGUAGCAAGAUAAUUGGCUAUUUUGUGAUGGCGAGGCAUUUAAUGACCGCGUAAUAUGAUUUUUAUUUUAAUGAGGUAAUUGGUUACUUUGUUUCUCUAAGUGGUUUCUCUAGCUUUUUAACACCAUAUAUUAGGUAAUCGCACAAACAUAUUCACUGUAUUCUGCCCACUAACAGUCACUGAAAUCAGUCAGGGAAGGUCAAACAUUUCACAACAGAUUGAUACAGGGGUACUGUUUUUGUGAAAUUAGACAGCAUGGUAAUAUAUUACAUUUGCAGUGUGGCCCUCUGGACCUCAGCGAAGACAGAAUGUGGCCCCUGAAGAAAAUGAGUUUGAGACUCCUGGUCUUGAGGGAAAUUGAUCUGUACAGGACUAAGGUGGUGAUGAUCAGUAGAUCCAUAGUUUGUGACUAUGGUGACUUGGCUAAACCAGUGGUUCCCAACCGGCACUAGUGUGCCUUUUUAGGAGCUCUCUGAUGUCCCGUGAAAGUUCUGGUAAUCUUGAUUUAAAAAAUAAUAAUAAUAAAAUAACACUCACAAAACGUGACCUGUGGAAUGCACAUGGAAUUUUGAUUUGGGAGCACUAGUGCUGGUCAGAUAAUACAUUAAAUGGCACAUGGUUACAUUUUUAUCAUUGUUUCAAGUCCAGUGCAUUCAGGCUGUUACAUUUGUAUAAUUUGAGGGUUGCGCAUCAUGAGAAAAGUCAUCAAUAAUUUUUACUUCAUUUGUAUCAUUGAAUAAAUACCAUGUCAUUUUUUUAAAGAACAAGCUAACUACUGACUUGCAGCAUGCAUAUAGGGAAGGGCACUCAACUUGUACUGCACUAACUCAGAUGACUGAUUGGCUAAAAUAAAUGGAUAAUAAGAUAGUUGGAGCUGUAUUGUUAGAUUUCAGUGCAGCCUUUGUUAUUGAUCAUAAUUUGUCUUUAAAAAAAAUUCACAUAUGGCUUUACAUCACCUGCUAUCACAUGGUUGGAGAGUUACUUAUACAUCCAUUAGAACUCAAGAGUAUUCUUCAGUGGAAGCUUCUCUAACAUCAUAUGUACAGUGGAGUAUCCCUCAGGGCAGUUGCCUUGGCCAACUCUUCUCUAUUUUUUACAAGAAACUACAAUUAUUAUGCAUGCUGAUGAUUGCACACACUACACAUCAGCACCUACAGUCAGUGAGCUCACUAAGACUCUUACAUGCUGACCAAACCGCAUGCAAGUUGAUUUUGUUCACCCACAUCAGACGCGAUCAGGACACUCAGGUUGAAAUAUCAAAACAAACUCUGAACCAAUUAUAUUAAUUUGUGGACAGGUCAAAAAGCAUGAAACAUGUAUGGCAAUUUAGCUUGCUGUUGCUAGUUAAUUUGUCCUGGGAUAUAAACAUUGGGUUGUUGUUUUACCUGAAUUGCACAAGGUUCUCUACUCCGACAAUUCAUCCUCAGAUAAAACGGUAAACCGGAUUUGUUUCUCGUCAUGUCUACACCUUCCUUCUUUUUCUUCAUUGGACUUCAUAUGGCGGUUGGCAACCAACUUUUAUGGUGCAUUACCACAAAGAUUUAAAAUUAUAAACUUGGAUUAGCAAACACAACAUGCCAUUGGAACACAGGAGUGAUCGUUGCUCAUAAUGGGCCUCUGUACGCCUAUGUAGAUAUUCCAUAAAAAAUCUGCCGUUUCCAGCUACAAUAGUCAUUUAAAACAUUAACAGUGUCUACACUGUAUUUCUGAUCAAUUUGAUAUUUUAAUGGACAACAAAUUUGCUUUUCUCAAAAACAAGGGCAUUUCUAAGUGACGCCAAACUUUUGAACGGUAGUAUAUGUGUACAUUUAUUUUGCAAUGCAACGCGAGCGGUGGGGUCAGCAUGUUAGCAAGGAGUUAGUCAGUGUCAGAAUGGGACAUUAACAAACUGAUCUUAAAUGCAUCUAAAACCAAAAGCCUUCUCUUAGCCCUAAACCUCAUCUGGAGUUGUGCAUAAAGGGUGUGACCAUUUAACAAGUUGAGGAAGCUGUACUCCUAGGAGUAACAUUGGAUGGUCAGUUAUCAUGGUCAAGUCAUAUUGACAAUGUUGUUGUGAAGAUGUUUUGUGUUUUUGACACACAAACUGUACUAGUUGUUCAGGCUCUGAUCUUGUCCCGUCUUGAUUACUGUCUGUUAAUAUGGUCAUGUGCAGCAAAGACAGGCCUAGCAAAGCUGCAGCUGGCUCAACAAAGCAGCACGCUUUGCCCUUAACUGCACACACAGAACUAACAUCAACAACAUGCAUGAUAGUAUUUCAUGGUUGAAGAGAAAUAGACUAGAAGAUAAAUAGUAUUUUUAAGAAACAUUUGUGUUUUAAAUGCCUAACCACUUUGUAUAAUCUAUUUGCAUACAUUUCAGACAUACAUACGCCGCUAUAGGUUUCUUCACUGUACCCAACCAAAAACAGAUUUUAAUGCGUUGCUCAGUUGUGUUUAGAGCCAUGUCAUCGUGGAAUGCUCUGCCACCAGAGGUUAGUCUAGCAAAAAGCAAGUUUUUAGCUUAAAAAAACCAAACAUCUUUUAUUACAGCACCUCUCCUCCUUUCUAAAAAUCUAAUUUAACUGUACUGUAUAUGUGAAUAUGUACACUGAACAAAAGGAUAAACGCAUCAUGUAAAGCAUUGGUCCCAUGUUUCAUGAGCUGUAAUAAAAAAAUCCCAGAAAUGUU